AUGUCGUCAGGACAGGGCGAAGGCGGGCUUUACCAAGACCUCGCCAAGCUCGCAGUGGAAUUGGAGUUUGAGUCUACAGAUGCACUACGGGAGUGGAUGGUUGAUGAACGACUAGUUCAAAGGUGGUGGCAGAUAUUCAACUAUUAUUGGCUGCUGCCUCAGCAGCAUGCCGCUACCACGGGCAAAAAUGGUCGCAAUCAAAGAGCCAACAGGGUAGAGUUUGAGCAGGUAGCACUUCACCUAGCAACCGACCUAGAAUAUGGCAGAUGCAAAAUAAACACCGAACUACUACAUGGAAUUCUGUUCCGGAAGCACCUCACAGUCCUAGAGGGUCAAUGGCGCGUCUGGUACGUCAUUCAGCGGUUGUGUUGGGAGGCCUCGCAGUCACAAUCUUCUGCACUACAAGACAGUACAACCAACCCGAAUCCUGUUCCUGUGUCAAGAGCUGAAGGCAUAGUUGAAGUUGCAUGGGUGAACAUGCCAUCUAUGCUGCCGGGAGGCAGGGCAGCUCGGUUUAACACCAUCCAUCGUGUCGCUAGGCUCACCUGGGAAGACUUCAAGUUGUCAGUCACCGAUCACUUCGAAUUGCCUCGGUUCAAGAUGUGGAUAUCGGAAAUGACCGUCCCUCAAGCAUCUUGGGACCGCCUCCAGCACAUCAGCCACGGAGAGGAGUAUGGCACCCUUGGGGAAGACGGCUUCUACGACUUCGUAAAGCUGUUAGUCCAGUUUCCCGGCCCAAUAAAAGUGUUGCUUUCCACUACAGAGAAGAAGCCUCUUGAGAUCACUGACGCACUUCGGGACCUUGAGCUCACCGACGAGCCUCGGAUGAUCUUGGACUAG